UUUUAACCCUUCCCUCAUCUGAGAGUCCAUUUUACUGUUUCCCUUCCUGACCCUGAGCAUUUGCAUUCAUGGGUGUAUCAAGCAAUGGCCUCUUUGAACUGCCAACCUACGCAGAUUCAAUGGAAAUGGGCUACGGGAAGUCUCCUGUUGGAGGGUCAUGGUUUCGCUUCUUAAAGGAAUCAUUACGGAUAAUUCUCGAAAACCAAGAUUCCAGACAGAUCUUUUACUUCUUGUUGUUGAAUCUGUCUUACAUGUUCGUUCAACUUGUAUACGGCUCCAUCACAAACAGCUUGGGUCUCAUUUCAGACGCUAUCCAUAUGUUCUUUGACUGCCUUGCCCUAGGAGUUGGCUUGUUCGCAUCCGUCAUGGCAAAGUGGCCACCGAAUACCAAGUAUUCCUAUGGGUACAAUCGGGUAGAGACGUUGAGUGGAUUCGCAAAUGGCGUGUUUCUGGUCUUGAUCUCUAUUAGCAUUGUCUCGGAGGCUAUCCAACGACUUUUGGAUCCUCCGGAGAUGAAUACCCAUAGGCUGUUGUUAGUCAGUUUUGUUGGCCUGCUUGUCAACCUUGUAGGAAUAUUUGCCUUCAAUCAUGGACACGCACAUGGACACGACCAUGGACACGACCAUGGACAUAGUCAUGGACACGGGCACGAUCACGGACAUGGCCAUAAUGCUAACAUGGAGGGUGUUUUUCUGCACAUCUUAGCCGAUACUUUAGGCUCCGUCGGUGUUAUCAUUUCGACCCUUUUGAUCAAAUGGUUUGGCUGGACUGGAUUCGACCCAAUUGCCUCUAUCUUCAUUGCUGUUCUUAUUUUCUUGUCCGUCAUUCCGCUGAUCAAGAAUUCCGCUGCGGUGUUGUUACUGCAAGUAGAUGAUCAUACUGCUGGUACGGUUGAGGCGGCGGUCGAGAAUUUGAAAACCAUCCAAGGUGUACGAUCCACAUCACUACCCCGGUUUUGGCCAAAUGAACCGGGAAGUUUGAUUGGAACCAUUCAUAUUCAGGUAUCUGACGAUACCGAUAUGCAGGAAGUCCGACAGCUGGCCAUAGAAUUGUUGAUGAGCAAGAUUGAAGGUCUGAAAGAACUCUGUGUACAGGUGGAGAGGGAUGGCGCAUUGGAGCGAGCGGAAAUGGAAUCCAAGUCGGGUGGAUUUGCUGGUGGGUUUGCUGGAGGUAUGAAUGCUGGAUUCUUCAACCCUGUUGCGACCAACUUCGGUCCACGCCGUGUCGGCACGCCUAAUCUUGACCUAGCCCCUCCGUCCAACGUCGCCGCUGCGUCUGGUCGACAAACACCUGUCAUCAGCUUUGUACAAGCAAUGAAAGGUCCUGGAAAGAACGAUAAAACUCUCUGAUCAAAACAAUGUGCAACUUGCAUAUAGAUAAUACCGUAAACCUAACACUGAGAGUUGGUAAAAAAAAAACGAUGUCAAAUCUCCCCAUGCUGUACUUUAUUCUCGUUCAA